GAGAGGAGAGGAGGGGGGACGCGGGCACGCGCCCGACGAGGCAAGGGGGGUAGUGAGGGGUGGGGGGGGGGAGGGAGGGAGAGGAGCCGGGGGAGCGCGCGCUCGUAUGUAAAUGAGCGGGCGUGAGGUCAGAGGCAGAUGGAAAAGGGAACAGACAGAAUGGCCGCCGCGGCUCCCGCUCCUCCUGCCGCCACCUCCCAGUGCCGGAGCCCCCGCUGCACGGCGGAGCGCAGGGGAGUCCGCCGAGAACUCGACUCCUGGCGGCACCGGCUCAUGCACUGUGUGGGUUUUGAAAGUAUUUUAGAAGGGCUUUAUGGACCAAGGCUACGAAGAGACCUCAGUUUAUUUGAAGACUGUGAGCCAGAAGAGCUAACUGACUGGUCUAUGGAUGAGAAAUGUUCCUUUUGUAAUUUACACAAAGAAACAGUCAGUGAUCGUGCAUCAGUUAUCGGUUCUUCACAGUCAACACCUACAGAGGAACUGUCAUCUCAGGGCCAGUCCAACACUGAUAAAAUUGAAUGCCAAGCAGAAAACUAUCUAAAUGCACUCUUUCGAAAGAAAGAUCUUCCUCAGAACUGUGAUCCUAACAUUCCCCUAGUUGCUCAGGAAUUAAUGAAAAAAAUGAUCCGUCAGUUUGCGAUUGAGUACAUUUCAAAAAGUAGCAAAAUUCAAGAGAACAGAAAUGGUUCAUCGUUUGAACCAAGUCUGAUAUGUAAAAGUAUCCAAAUGAACCAAACGGAAAACUCCCUUCAGGAAGAACAGGAUAGCCCUCUAGACCUCACUGUGAAUCGAACUCAAGAACAGAAUACUCAGCAAGGGGAUGGAGUGCUAGAUCUCUCUACAAAGAAAAGCGCAAGGUUGGAAGAACCAAAAUACGACCCGUUGUGUUCUGAAAACUCAGUGUCUGGGAGACUACACAGACACAGAGAGGACUAUGUGGAAAGAAGUGCUGAGUUUGCAGAUGGUUUGCUCUCAAAAGCUUUGAAAGACAUUCAGUCUGGAGCACUGGACAUAAAUAAAGCAGGCAUACUUUAUGGCAUACCUCAAAAAACUUUACUUCUCCACUUAGAAGCCUUACCAGCAGGAAAGCCUGCACCUUUUAAAAACAAAACUCGAGAUUUCAGUGAUAGUUAUUCAUUUAAAGACAGUAAAGAAACUUGUGCAGUCCUACAAAAAGUAGCCUUGUGGGCAAGAGCUCAAGCAGAGCGCACAGAAAAAAGUAAACUCAGUCUACUUGAAACCUCAGAAUUAAAAUUCCCAACAGCUUCCAGUUACCUCCACCAGUUAACUCUACAGAGAAUGGUCACUCAAUUUAAAGAAAAAAGUGAAAAUCUACAGUAUGAAACUUCAAGUCCUACUGUACAAUUAAAAAUUCCUCAGCUAAGAAUAAGUUCUGUGUCCAAACCACAGUCUGAUACUGCUGGUCUUCUGGAUGUUAUGUACCACGUUUCUAAAACCUCCUCAGUCUUAGAAGGAUCAGCUCUUCAAAAAUUGAAAAAUAUACUCCCCAAACAGAACAAAAUUGAAUGUUCUGGACCUGUAACUCACUCAAGUGUUGACUCCUACUUUCUGCAUGGGGACCUCUCUCCUUUGUGUCUUAAUGCUAAGAAUGGGACAGUAGAUGGAACCUCAGAAAAUACAGAAGAUAGUUUGGAUCGUAAAGAUAAUAAGCAACCACGAAAAAAACGUGGCCGCUAUCGGCAGUAUGAUCAUGAAAUAAUGGAAGAAGCAAUUGCAAUGGUAAUGAGUGGGAAAAUGAGUGUUUCCAAAGCACAAGGAAUUUAUGGGGUACCUCACAGCACUUUAGAAUAUAAAGUAAAAGAAAGAUCUGGAACACUGAAGACUCCGCCGAAGAAGAAACUCCGAUUACCAGAUACUGGCUUAUUUAAUAUGACAGAUUCAGGGACUGGCAGCUGCAAGAAUAGUAGCAAGCCUGUGUAGAAUAAUUGUUAGCGAAUUGUUUUGUGUGUGUGUACGUAUGUCUGUAUAUACACACACCAUGUGAGAAAUACAUAUACUCACUCUGACAGAAGACGUGAAACUAUACAGUUCAAAAACCACACACAUGCCUUUUGAAAAAUAGUUUUAUUCAGGGUUUUCACUGUGGACAGAAUUAUAGAGUUGCUGACUUAAUUCUGAUAGUGUGUAUUUAAUAUAAUCCUUGUAUAAAUAGGUGAAAAGAUUCAGGUUUUAUUUAGUAGUCAAUAGCAUAAAGAUGUUUUGGGAAAACAAGUAUUUGUCAUGUGAAGCAUAAUUUUUAAUUGGUGAAAAACCACUCUACCCAUUCAAUAAUCCAUCUUAUUAUGGAAGUACACAACCAAGGGUUAGCAGACUUUUAUACUUCACAGAAUACUUGCAAUAAAUUGUAAGUAACUCAGAUUAUACAAGUCAAGGGAUUUUUUUAAAAAGCUAGUUCCUUACAAGGAGGUGGAUUUGUGAAAUAUUAGUAGGAUAUAGUACAUUCUGUGAAAGAAAAAAGUUCAUUGUUGCUUAAAUAUCCAAUACAAGUAAGAAAAAGAUUUCAUUACUAAAAAUGUGUGUUUAGCAGGCAUAAACUGCAUUUUUUUUAUCAGUUUAAGAAAAUUUCGUUGUUGGUUUAGAAAGAAAUUGGUGUUUACAAAGUGUACACUUAUGAAAUCUGAGAAAUUACUGUAGUUAUAGAGUUAUUAAAUAUGAAAUAAGAUGGAAUACUGAGAGCAUAAAAUAAUUUAAACUUUAACAUAAUUUUCCUUUUUAGUUUGACAAGAUAACUUGUAAGGUUUAAGAAGAAAGUUGGAAUGCAGUUUAGAGCAUGUUCAUAAUGUGCACAGAAUGAGCUUGAGAAUGGUUUGGGUUCGUUUGGGUUUUUUUGUUGAAAUGUGCUGGUUAGUUGAUGUUAUGACUACUUAAAAUUUAUUAAGGAUUGUGUCACACUCCUUUUGAAAAACCUCACUGUAACUGUAAUGUAUUUGCUGCUGUGACAUUUCAAAACAUUUUCAGUUUUUCAAAUGAAUACCAAGUUACAUUAUCACUUUGCUAAUAACCAAAUUUGCAGUUCAGGGUCUUGAUAGAAGUACAGAUAUUAAGCGGUGAAGCUGUUUUGAACUUUCAAUAAUAUAAAUUCUUUAUAAAUUUGGUAGUUAGAAGUUAGGCAGUUCACUUUACGUAACUUUUAAUAGAAUUUAAGGGAGACCAAUUACCUUCAUAUUGCAGUUUUUAUAUGAAUUUCAAAGUAUUCACAUUAGACUUUAUAUCAUACUUAUUUUUUUUGUGUACUAUCACAAAGUAUAUGUCUACAUAUGAAGAAUGGGGGCUUGCUUCUUACAUUCAAUACUGAACAUCAAUGCCCUUUUCCUCUCAAAAUGUAAUUUUUUAUGUAUAAUUUGGCAUAGAAAAACUUUUCUCCAACUUUUAUACGUUUAGUACACAAGCAUCCAUUUUUUCCCCCAACAAAUUCACAUUUUUAUAGGUUGAUUAUAUAAAUUAAACUGGACGUUAGAUACAUAUGGGCCACAAGAGGUAAUUUGACUUAAAGAUAAACUUGCCAUUAAAAAAGUAAAGAGCAUACUGCAAUAUUAAUGGCAAAAUCUAGCCCAUAGUAAUGCUACUAAAAAGGUGAUAACUUCCAUUUUAAAACAAAAUACUCCAUUGAAACUGCACCACCAGUGUCUCAGUUCUUUGGUCUCUCAGAUCUAUACUGAAUCGUCUUCAGUGAUUGAAGUUUACUUACAUAUUACAGAAUGAAUCCUUUUUAUAAGCAGAACUGUACCUGAUAACAAGAAGGUCAUGAAACAGCAGAUGUCAGGGUCAUCUUUCAUUUUAAAAGAAUUAAGCCAUAUUUUGGGAGGGCCAGAAGGAUUAAUUUGUGAAUAUAUCCCCACAGAAGAAUGAGGUUGAAAAACCUUAAAUGUUUCAAGAUCUGUCUUUACACAGUUUUACUUGCAAAAAUUUGGGGCUUCAACACUUUGCCUGAUAUUUGUACCAUACUGAUCUUUUGUACUCCUCAGACAAUGUUAUAAACUUGAAUCAAAAGUUUAUAUUGAAGGCCAGUUAGACUACUCUUUUUAUAUCAUUUAAAAGAUGACCUGACCAAAAACUUAACAGGAUUCAUAAAAUCAGGGAUCAUUUUACUAUUGACUUAACAGUACUCAGUAGUUUUGUAUGUAAUAUUAUAAUUAAUUUUCAACAUUUUAGUACUUGUAUUUAUUUUUUGGUCAGAAAUAGUAUAUUAAAAUAUUUUUUGAUAGUUUAUAGAUGAUACUCAACCUGUAAGUGUUUAAAGGAACAGAAUUAUUUGUUUCUAAUUAUUAGGUUAACCUUUGACUACACAACUAAGGAAAGGCAGGGAAAUAUUUAGAUUCUCCUAUCCCAACCCCUAUGUAUUCCAUUAAAUGUCAUUUAAAGUACACAUUUUGAACUGUUUUAUAAAUUCAGUUACCAGUUGCUACUUAUUAAUUGACAAUUUCUGAAAAUUCCUGUUUCAACAGAAUUUUAAAUGAAAGCGAAAGCAAGCCCUACAUGCUUUCUACUUAUUUGAAUGUUUCUCAAGUAUUUUAUAUUAAAAAACAGUGCCUCUGUUUUUAGAACUACUGCUCAGUAAAGCUGUUUAAACCAUUUCUGGUAGCUAAUGACAAUUUUAUAUUAAAUUGUAUAUUAACUUUAGUGAGACUGAUUUUUUUAGUUGUUUACAGUACAAAUACUUGUAUUUGUUUUUUAAUUGCAGUAUUUCCAUUGUCGCAGUAAUUUAGUAAAACUCUGUGGCUGCCUUGAUUUUUGACUGAUUUUUGUUAACAACUGAUUUUUAGGCAAUUAGUUAUAUUUAUGCAUAAAUCAAUUGCACUAUAAUUCAUGAAUUAUUUAUUACAAUAUUUUCUAAUGAAUUCCAUGUAUUUGUCUUGUGUUGUAAAUGUACUGUAAUUCUGUUUCUUAUUUGUGUUGUUAUAUUCCUAAAUCUGAUUGUAUGAAUUUAAUUGUUUAGUUAACGUGUUUCUACGUUGUAAUUUGUAGUAAAGCACUUCAAUGCUUUUGCACAUAAAUUUACAACACUGAUGUGUGAUUGAUUUGCUCAUUCAGUAAAAAAAAAAGAAAGAAACAAAAACCUGUACCCUGACUCCUUUGACUUACUCCUGAGGCACAAGUUCAUUAGCAGUAGCAUAAGAUCAAGAACUGCAUAAAUUAAGCAUGUAAUGGCUAAUUUACUAUGAGUAUUUUAUAUACCAGAAAGAGCUUUAAAGACAGAUGAUUUCUCAGAAUUUAUGCAUUACUCGUAGAAUUAGUUCUCUAAUUUUCUUCUCAUUUAUAACAGCUACUUCUUUAGUUUGCAUUUAAAAAAUAUUAUAUAUUACAGAUAACAUAGCUUUUUUGAGGGAUUUAUUUACUUAGGAAAGUCAGAAAGCAAGCAUUUCUAUAGGACUAAUUUAUUGUUCUAUAAUAGUUCUGUGCUGUUUGUAUGAGUACUUAGAAGUAUGUUCUGUUCCCAGUCUCUAAAGAAGUUUCUAGAUUGAUCUGUCUUGUCUGUGGCUGAGAUGACAGAGGAUAGAACAGUAGGGAAGGACAUCUUUUGGGAGUCCUCUGACAGAUCUCUUUCCUGAUAGUUUGUUGUUUGUUUUUUUUAUUUGUGGAGGAGGCAAAUGUUUACGUUCUUAUACAUAAAAUAGUGCACUGAAAGGCUAGUACUUAACCUUAUGUCAUUUCUGCCUUUACUCCAGUUAAUCCCCAUUCCAUGGUAUUGACCAUCCCUGCCCUCCAGCAGGGAAAUAACAUCGUUCCAUGCUUAACUUUUGUCCUCGGAGAUAUUGUGCACAAAAGGCACCGGAGUGAGCAGUGCAUAUUGACCCUCUUACUCCCUCAGUUUCCUACCCGUGUGUGAUUUGUAGAAAGUAUAAGACUGUUCUGUGGAGGAAGUAUGCAAUUGGGAGAGUGAUAGCUGUUCCUUCUAGGGGAUUGUUUAAGCCUUUUAUCUUGAGGGUAGCCUAAAUUACUGUGUGAUGACACAAAUCAAAAGCACUAUAGGCAGCAAUUACAGGAAACUGAAAUAUAAUUCCAUAAUUUUAUUGAAAAGCUCCUAAAAAUUUAAGUAUAUUGACGGCUCUGCACAGAGACAUUUUAAAGAAAUUAGUUGCUUUAUUGCUUUAAUUUGUUUGCAUAGUAAGCUGUUCUCCAAAAUGGUAACAGAGUAAGGAGUUGGUGUGUUUUCACAAACUUGGAAGAUCAUGUGGAGUGGGGUGCUGUUGCAGUAGAAUAGCUGAAGUUGUCUGACAGCUUUAGAAACUAACACACGUUAAGGGAAAGCAGGUUAUAGACAUUAGGCUAUGAUAAGUUGAAAAGCAAUCAUUUUGGAAGAAUGUCCAGUAUGUGUGUGAUAACCAGGAUAUUAGUUUAUGCAACAGGUUGAUCUCCAUAUAGCAAAUUCAGAGCGGUUCUGAGGCCUUUGGAAAUUUUGGUUACUGACUUUGAGAAAGCAUUAGUGCUCUGGAAGUUUCUGCCACCAGUGAGCGUACUUUAAAUAGCAGUUAUGAAAACAGGUCCUAUUAGAGCUCUCCAGUGAAACUCCGUUAUACAUACAUUGUGAGUCUAGAGAGGCAGAUACCUGCCUGGAGUCUGAAAAGACUGUAUAAUAGCCAUCUUUUUUCCAAAUUAGUACCUAACAAACUUACUGAGAUUUACAAACAAAAUAUUGAAGUUCUAAUGCCAUGUUUUGGGGGGAUUUUUUG